AUGUUUCAGGACCCAGAUGACGUGGCGGAGGUGACUAUGCAGCCUAUUCGGAGAUACAACCUGGACGCCGCCAUCUUGUUCUCCGACAUCCUCGUGGUGCCACAGGCAUUGGGAAUCGAUGUGGAAAUGCCGGGUGGCGUAGGAAUCCUGGUGCCUCAUCCCCUCAAAGACCCCGCCGAUUUUGAGGCCCGCAUCCCGAAGGAGGUGGACGUGAAGGAUAAGCUGUCCCACGUGAUUCAGGCGGUCACGCGCAUUAAGGAGGAGCUGAAGGGAAAGGUGCCAUUGAUCGGCUUCAGCGCAGCACCGUGGACGCUCAUGUUCUACAUGGUGGGCGGCAGCAGCAAGAAGAACACCGACUCGGGGGAGAGGUGGCUCCAAGACCAUCCUGAGGCUUCAGCAAAGAUGAUGGACCUGCUCACUGGUGUAGUCAUCGACUAUAUGGCAGCGCAGGUGGAGGCUGGGGCUGACAUCCUGCAGGUGUUCGAAGCCAUGGGUGGGUUCAUUAGCGAGGACCACUUCUACGAUCGAGCCAUGCCGUACCUGACCAGGAUUGCAUCUGAGCUGAAGGAGCGGUGCCCGGGAGUGCCGUUGAUGGUUUUCGCGAGGGGUGCCACAUACGCUAACGUCGCUUUGCAGGCAGCCGGGUACGACGUGGUGACGAUGGACACUGAGACGGGGCGAAAAGCUACUCGUGAUGCCCUGGAAGAGGCAGCGAGGGAGAUUGGAAGGGAACCAGCCGUGGUACAGGGCAACUUCGACCCGCGGCUGCUGACUGAUGAAAGCUCAAUGAGCGAAAUCAACGUUCGCGAGGCGACGGAAACAAUGAUGAGAGAGCUGGGCCCCCAGAAGCUCAUCGCGAACCUGGGCGAGGGUCUAAUGGGGAAGGAGGACCCCAAGAGCGUGGCCGCCUUUGUAGACGCCAUCCACGAUUACUCGGAACAACUGAUCCGGACAGGAGCCGCGGCGGAGACAGCCACAGCGCAUUAGUCCCUUGGGAUCAAUAGGGUUUAGCUUUUGGCUGCGUUACGGCUAAAUAUUGCGUAGUCUUUGGUCUUGGAGCUAUUUUAGUGCUGUU